AUGCCGUUUUUCCAGAGACUUCUUUCUUCGGGUUACACGGUGCUGAAUCCGAUGGGUUCCUCCCACGACUUGGCCAGUUUUGCCUUUUCCGACACGGGCUCUGUCGGACUGGCGGAUGUGGAAAACGACGACUACGAAAGACCGUUUCGCCGCAUGAGUGUGCUCAAUGAAAUGAGACCUGAGAAGCUCAUUGGAGACUGGCUGCCUUUGGCAGACUGGAAAGCCGGCUAUGUGGACCCGAAAUCCGCCAAAAGCAAGCUCCGCAAGUUCUACUCCGACCAGAACGAGCUCAUUAAGCGUUUCUCCGAAAUCGACAAUUUCUUGGACUACGGCAAAAUCCACUUGAACAUGUUGAAUACCUAUACUGACCCGAAGAACCCCAGCAAGCUUUCACAGCUUGACGAGGAGCCGGAGCCGACGCUGGAGGCCAUGGAACAGUCCAAUUCAAAAUCCAGACUCAAUGCUGAACCCGGUAAUAUCAGGGAAGGCGGCCAGUUUCUCGGCUACAAUGAGGAACAGUCCUCUCAAAGCGUGCUUGUGGCUAUUUUGGUCAAUUUCGCCGUCAACACCGUGCUUUUGAUUGGAAAAAUCAUCAUUUCGCUCUUGACAAACUCCCUUUCCGUGAUCGCCUCGUUGGUCGAUUCCGUGCUUGACUUCCUUUCCACCUUCAUCAUCUACAUCGCCAACAGGCUCUCCAACAACAAGAACUGGCAAUCUCAGAUCUUGUAUCCUAUUGGCCGAACGAAGCUCGAGCCGUUGGGAAUCCUCAUUUUCUCGGUGAUCAUUAUCAUCUCUUUUUUCCAAGUUGGCCUUGAAUCCUUCAAGAAGCUCUUUCUCAGUAAACCUGAAGAAAGGGUAAUUGUGGAAAUCGGCAUCGAUGCAAUUGCUAUCAUGCUUGCCACCAUCGGUGCUAAAAUCAUCUGCUGGGCUUGGUGUAUAUCCUCGAAGUCCAGUUCAGUCCAGGCUUUGGCACAAGACGCCAUGACAGAUGUGAUUUUCAACACCGUCUCUUUGAUCAUGCCUACUAUUGGUCACUAUGCUGGAAUCUGGUGGGCAGAUCCGCUUGGUGCCCUCAUUCUUUCCGUCUACAUCAUCAUCAGCUGGGGAUAUACAGCAUUUGAGCAUAUUGAUAACUUGACAGGCGCCGUGGCCAGUGCCACUGAUUAUAAAGUGGUUUUGUACUUGGCGUAUCGUUUUGCUGAGUGUAUCAAGCAAAUCACCGCCCUCAAGGUGUACCAUGUUGGUGACAAUUUGAAUGUGGAGAUCGACGUUGUCUUUGACACAGAAAAUUACAACUUGAGCUUCAAAGACGCCCACGAUAUCGCCGAGGCGCUUCAGUACGCCAUCGAGAGCUUGCCCAUGGUUGAGCGUGCUUUCGUCCAUAUCGAUUACAUGGAGGGCAACUUCAAGGGCCAUCUCACGUAA